AUGGCGGAUUAUUUUGUCGAAGACCCGAAGUACAACGAAGAUAUCUUUCGGCAUAGGUUCCGUAUGUCGAAACGUUUGUUUCUAAAAAUUGUGGCCGACGUGGAAGAGAACGACCCGUGGUUUGAAGAGGCCCCCGAUACGCGAGGUAGGAAGGGCUUUACGCCGUUGCAAAAGGUGACAUCGGCUAUUAAACAGCUCGCAACUGGUAACACUCCAGACGAGAACGACGAGUACUUGCAUAUGGCCGAAAGAACUUCCCGCGAGUGCCUAGAAUAUUUUUGCGACACGGUUUGCAAAAUAUACGGUCCAGAGUUCUUACGUAGACCGACAAGCCACGACAUGGCACUUUUAUACAAAGCUCAUGAGGAAAAACAUCACCUUCCAGUGUUUGUGAAGUCGAUCCCUUACCCUCACGAAGUAGACCAAAAGAAAUUCAAGAGGCAACAUGAGGUGGCAAGAAAAGACGUCGAACGGGCUUUUGGUGUUUUGAAGGCGAAAUGGAGUGUAUUGAGUCGACCGAUGCGAGCAAGAUCCGUGAAAAAAAUUAGGAGUGUCGUGUACACGUGUAUUAUUUUACACAACAUGAUUUUGAAAGAUGAAGGAAAGGCGAUAGCACCGGUGCACAUUCGGGAUCCUCCGGUCGAGCCCGCUCUAGACGAUACGGUGUUGGGCGAGUUGAUGGAUGAAGACACGCAUUGGAGACUAAAACACGAUCUCAUAGAUCAUCUCGCAAGUCAAGAUUUACCACAACUUUUGGUCGAUUCCGACGAAGACUAG